AAUUUGGGGUUGAAUUUGGGCCAAUUUGGGCGUGAAGUUUUGGGGUGAUUCGGGGCCCGCUUUGGGGCCGUUUGGGGGACGGUUCGGGGUCCAUUUGUGUGGGGCCGGGGCUGCCGGGCGCUCUGCCCUACAGCUCCAUGGGGCCGUUCUGUGGGGCAGGGCGCACGUGGCGCGCGCUGUCGCUGCUGGGCGCGCUGCCGGCCGUGGCGCUGUGCAUGGUCAACGUGGCGCUGCAGCAACGCCAGCACCGCCCCACGCGCCCCACGUUCGUGCCCUACCACCACCUCCGCAUCCGCACCAAGCCGUUCCCAUGGGGCGACGGGACCCACACGCUGUUCCACAACCCCCGCACCAACGCGCUGCCCUCUGGCUACGAGCAGUAGGGCCCGACCCCACGGCAAUAAACGCCCUUGAGCGUC